ACGGCGGCCCACAGCGACCCACGGCGGCGAUCGGAGCUUUUGGUGGCCUUAACCCCUGAGCUACGGAGUAAAUCAGCAGUCACUUGAUUGUCGCCUGCAAAACCAAAACUGCCCAGAUUGGGCAUCGCGAUGCCAUUUAAAGACUGCCAGAACAGACAGAUCUCAUGGUAUCCUCUCUAUGUAUCGAGGCACUCUUUUGUAGUCGCUCAACCAUUGAUUUCAAGUGGAUGCAAGAUUGAAUCGAUUAUUGAAUAUCCCCCCAAAUGCCGCAUCGGACAGGUCGGUUCCGUUGGAGUACCCCAUAGCCCAGUUCCAACGAAUAUUGAGUAGCAAUUGAACCGGUAGUCAAGAAAUGAGUACUC